AGGCCGAUUCGACGAAUUCGGGGUCCAGUUAAAGCCGGCGGCCGGCUAUAAAACAGUUGACCGACACUGUCGCCGACAUCAGUGGUGUAACUUUGCUCGAACAUGAAGGUCCUGGCUCUGUUCCUGCUCGCGGUAGCGGUGGUUUUGGCAGAGGACAAGUAUACGACCAAGUACGACAAUGUUGACCUGGACACGAUUUUAGCGAGCGACCGUCUGCUCAAGAACUACGUAAACUGCUUGCUGGAUAAGGGCAGCUGCACGCCCGACGGCAAGGAGCUUAAAGAAACCCUUCCGGACGCACUGGCCACCGACUGCGAUAAAUGCAGCGAGAAGCAAAAGAAGGGCACCGAGAAGGUCGUCCGGUAUCUAGUCAACAAGAAACCGGAAACUUGGGAGCAACUUAAGAAGAAGUACGAUCCCACUGGCCAAUACAGUAGCAAGUAUGUAGAGGUAGCGCACAAGCAGGGAAUAAAUGUGUGAAUAAUUUAGAUUCUCAUCUCGCCGAGUAGAACGUCGAGAAAUCUGUCCUCUCUUCUUCCCACACAGCACUCGAAUUAAAUAAAUCUGUUAGUGCAACGUCACGUGCGACCCCUUCUCAAGAAAAAUUCAGAAGCUAUGAAGAAACGUAUAUGUUAUCAGAUGUUAAUAUAAAUAAUAAACGAUAAGUGUAAAAAGGA